AUGCAAAGAGAGAUUGUUCGGACAAGUCUGUUGGCAGUUCUUUUCGCCUUCUUCUUCUCUACAAAUUUUCAGGUUUCUUUCAUGGAGAGUCAUAGUUCCUCUUGUUUGGAUUUAACGAUAGCCAUGCCUGGAUUCUCAUCAGCUUCUCCUCCGGCAUCUGGGGAGAGUGGAUGCAGUGAUUUAAUGAAAGAAGUAGAUGUAAAUCGUGUGGCGGCGUCGCCGGGGACAGAAGAAGAAUGCAUGGAAGAAGAAGACGAUCAUGAUCAUGGGAGCCCGAACUGCGGCCCGGCCCGCAGAAAGAAACUUCGCCUUACUAAAGAGCAGUCUCGUCUUCUCGAACAAAGCUUCAGACUGAAUCACACUUUAAAUCCUAAACAAAAGGAGAAUCUUGCCGAUCAAUUGAACCUAAUGCCCAGACAAGUCGAAGUGUGGUUCCAAAACCGUAGAGCCAGGAGUAAGCUGAAGCAGACGGAAAUGGAAUGUGAGUACUUGAAAAGAUGGUACGGAUCGCUGACGGAGCAAAACAGGAAACUGCAGGCUGAGGUGGAGGAGCUGAGAGCCAUCAGAGCUGUCCCGGCGCACGCGCCGCCGCCGCCGGCGUCCACCCUCACUAUGUGCCCUCGCUGCGAGCGUGUCACUGCCAACACUCCCGCCGCGUCCACCGCAACCGCCGCCACGCCCUCCAAACUGCGUUUCCUGCAGCGCCGGCAGCCGCACACUUCUUGUUACAAUUAGCGCCGCCGGCCACCGAUAAGCAGCACAUAAUACUAAGCUUGUAGUUUAAUUUGGGCUAGCCUUAAUUAUAUUAUCAUUCGCUAUGAUUUGGGCUAUCGAAUUGUUAGUGUAGUUUGGGCAGAAAAACAACGAUUGGGCCGAACAUAUGUCCUCUAAUUUUUAUUUAGAUUAUAUAUAGUUAUUUUAGAAUUUUUUU